GUCGGAACUUGCAGUCCCGGUGGAACUGGUUCCUGUUUCUUUAGAAACUACGCCGCCAGGGAGUUCAAUAUUUUGUUAUGGGUUUCGCUCAUCGCAAUCACCGCUCUGUUGCUCGAGAGGGUUCUUCAGUUGUUCCGGUUGUGGGUAAUGGCUAGGAAGAUCCCCGACCCGCCUUGUACCUCCUUCUUCGGCCAUGGCGGCGGCGGCUUCCUUUCUCGCGAGAAUUUCAUGGAAUUUGUGUCUCAGUCACACAACAAAUAUGGAUCAGUUUGCAAGUUAUGGCUGGGACCUACUCAGCUCAUGGUAUCCAUAAAGGAUCCAACGUUGGUAAGGGAGGUUCUUUCCAAGGCUCAAGACAAAUUGCCCUUUACGGGGAAGGCUUUCCGUUUGGCAUUUGGACGAUCGAGCCUCUUUGUCUGCCCCUAUGAACAGCUAUGUAGGAAAAAUGACAAGAUAUAUUAUGGGAGUGGUCAGAUGUGUUAUGGCAAAACUGCUUCAUUUUCCAAGAAGGAUGGGAUAUCUUCUCCUAGGGAUUUCUUGCAGGAUCAGCUUUCCCUUCUGGAAAUCGACAGCCACCAGUAUUCAGCAGAAGAGUUAUGUGGGAACAUUAUGGGGAUCAUGUUUCAUGGGUGCCUGUCUACGGCUGGUCUGAUUAGUGCUGUACUAGAAAGGAUGGCCACAAAUCCCAAGAUACAACACAAGGUAUACACAGAAAUAACCAUGUUACGACAAGUUUCAGAAAAAGAAAGUCAUGGUGCUGUAAAUAUGCCCUUGUUAUUGGCUACAAUAUAUGAGUCAGCCCGUGUUCUGGCGAGUGGACUUGUACUUCAGAUAUGUUCUCUGAAAGACGGAAUUAAUAAGCUUUAUGUUGAAAAUGUUCCAGAGACUACAGAAGAAGUUAAUGCAACUAAAGGCCCACUGAUUCUGAAUGAUCCUACAAACAAUCCUGCAUUUCUUCCUUUUGGUUCUGGUGUACGUGCCUGCGCGUGUCAGAAACCCGUGAUCACUGGAGUGGGUGCUAUGCUUGCUUCAUUGAUUGCAUCCUACGAGGUUCGUGCUUCUCCUCUUGGUUUAACAAAAAUGUUCUGCUUUUCUUUUGUUGGCUUUAUACCUACCUGUACUCUGCUUUAG